UUUUUUUCCCUGUCAGCAUUGGAGGGGAAAGAAGGGGACACGCCUGUGUUUGUCAAGCAGGUGUUUGUGUGUCUACUAGUGUUUCUGUCAUUCACCCACCACUUUGUUCAUCUACGCUGAAACAGAGGAGCAGCAAACCCUCAAUUCUCUCAGCAGCAGAAGCCUCUCUUACUAGCAGAGCCCCACAGAAGCAGUGACAACAUGCAGAACGCAGAAGCCGUGUCAGCAACUAUAAACACUAAUAGGAACUGUACAGUGGAGAUCAGCAAUGUUAGCGGUGCUUACUGCCUUAUCAAUCCAAAAGUGUACAUGUCCAGUGGUUUCAGUUAUCAUCCACCCCAACCCACCAUCCGCACCACCAGGACCGAGGUUUGCUCAUUCACUAAAGAUGACAACACUGCCACCGGGGCUGUGGGUAUCUUGACCUAUGACCUCUUCCACAUGCAAAACCGUAUGUGCACUGAGCGUAUGGCCGUUCUGUUCUCUAUCCCCUUCGACUACCACCUCUACAAGAACGUGAUGGGCAUUGGGUUAUUUGAAAGCAGCCGUGGAUGUGACAAGGCCCUGUACAAGCACAUGUAUGAGGGGAAGGACUUCAGCCAGUUCACCCGUGCAGAUGCGGGGGGAACUGGAAUCAUACACAGAGGAAAGAAAAUAGACUUAAGGGCCACCAUGUCUACUGUGGGCAAGGCUAUUAUUAAGCUAGAGGUCUAUGACAAGAUGGGCUAAACAAAUUUUGUCUGACAAUAACAGUACACACCCUUUUUUUAUAAUCUUAAUCAUCAUAAGAUAUUAAAUGUCAUAAUACAAAUGCCAUUGUGCUUUCAAAUGUUGAAGCAUGUCUGUAUUAAUACCUGCCCAUUUUUCUGAUAAAAAAAUCUCAAAAUGUGUCUAAAUAAAAAGACUGUUUUGAAAA